AUGGUCUUCAAGGGUCGUGAACCGGGACCACUUCCCACAAAGGACAUAUUGAGCUGGAUCUUUGAUGAGACGCCUCAAAACGCCGAUCGACCGGUUGCCAUAGAUGCGACCGAAACCAGCCGCAGCCACUCGUUCUCUCAGGCCAAGACUCUGAUCCAACGAUACAUCGCUGGACUAAAGGCCAGGGGCGUCAAGAAAGGUGACUGCGUCUUGCUGCAUUCAUUCAACGACAUCGACUACCCCCUCCUGGCACUUGCGAUCAUCGGCUCUGGAGCGAUCUUCGCAGGUAGCAAUCCCACCUAUACGGCCUUUGAGCUCGAGCACCACAUGAAAGUGACAGCAACAACAUGGAUCAUCCCCGAAUCAGAAACGUUGCCAACAGUCCUGAAGGCUGCCAAAACCACAGGCAUUCCCAACUCUCACAUCAUUGUCUUCAACCCGCUCAAAUCGCAAAAGUGCCCAUCUGGCUUCAUCAGCUACAAGUCCCUUCUCAACCACGGCUCCUCAUCCUGGGUCCGCUUCGACUCAUACGACAUCUGUAAAAACACCACGGCAGCCCGAUAUACCUCAAGUGGAACGUCCGGUUUGCCGAAAGCUUGCAUCAACACUCACCUGAAUCUCAUCGCCCAGCAUGAAUACAAUUUCGCCGAAGCAUUCUACAAGCCUCAGUACGACCCAGUCAAGCUCCUGUUUCCCCUCCCAUUGUUCCAUGCCUCAGUCUCACCACGAGCUCUGACCACGAUAUGGAAGCGCAACGAGAUGUGCUAUCUGAUGAGGAGAUUCGAGCCUGACAGCUAUGUCCGUUAUAUUGAGCGUUUUGGAAUCACAGAUCUGACCGUGGUUCCACCGAUGGCAGUCGCUGUGCUCAAUCACGCUGGCGUAAAAGAUGGCACUGUCAGCUUGAAGUCGGUAAAGAAUGGCAUUGCUGGGGCAGCACCACUUACGAGAGAGACUCAGAAGAGGUUCAUGGCUCUUCUGGCACCGAACACAUCAUUCAACCAGAUCUGGGGAAUGACAGAAACCAAUUGCCUCGCGUCGAGAUUCGAGUGGGAUGAAUUUGAUGACACAGGCAGCAUCGGAUGGCUCUGUCCUGGACUAGAAGCCAAGUUGGUCGACUUGGAGACUGGCACAGACCUAGGCGACGCUUGCGAUGUACGUGGCGAGAUGUGCGUGAGAGGAGAAGGUGUUGUGCCUGGUUAUUUCGACCCUGCCUCGGACAAGCCGAACCGAAGAGGAUGGGAUGAGGAUGGUUUUUAUCACUCGGGCGAUGUCAUGUAUAAGAGCUCGGAAACUGGGAAAUGGUAUAUCGUCGACAGAGUCAAGGAGUUGAUCAAAUCUAGGGGGUUCCAGGUCGCGCCGCCGGAGGUUGAGGGCGUCCUCCUUGCGCUCGACGGGGUCCUUGAUGCAGCCGUCAUUGGCGUGAAGGAUGUCGCAGGUGAAAGCGAGGUCUGCAGAGGCUAUAUUGUUCGACGGCCUGGAUCAGAAUCAACUUUGACAGAAGAAGUUGUCAACAAAUGGGUUAGCGAGAGGCUAGUGAAGUACAAGUGGCUCGAGGGAGGCAUCAAAUUCGUGGACGCUAUUCCGAAAACACCGUCCGGGAAGAUCCUAAAGAGGCUCCUGAGAGAAGAGUACGAACGUGAGCAGAGGAAGUCGAAGUUGUAG